AUGGAUCAAUUAUUAGGACGCAUAGUUGCAUCAAAUCGAUCGGAAUCUUCUAGAAGUAUACUUCGAGUAGCAAUCCCCACAAUAACCUUCCUCACCAAUCCAGUAGUGCGUUCCAUCUUGUUCUACAUGAUUGCUGUAUAUUUUUUUAAUGUUCCCUCGCUUUUUCUUACAUCAUCCUCACCACCGUCGACAUCAUUGGAAAAUAAUUUAAUGAUGAAUGGUAGUGUUGGUAAUAGUAGUAGUGGUAGUAGUGGUGCUGCUGCUGAUGAUAAUUAUCAAUCAAUUAAUGGUGGUGCUAAUGUUCUGUUUAUGAGUGAGCAAAUGGGUAAGAGAUUAUCGGAAGUUGCAUUGGAUAGAGUUGUAAUUUAUGGAUUGAUGGGAUAUGUGGGAAUGGCCUUUUAUAAAUUGAUUACGCCACUGACUGCCUGUUGCUUGUACUUUGUGGUUCCACAUACUUGGUUUAUUGUGUAUUAUAUUGCAAUUAAUGGAAUUUAUUUUGAAGAUUCCCUCCGAAAUACUCUGUAUGCCAUUCUGAUGAUUGUCUCUUGCUAUCAGGUUAGAUAUCACCUAAUUCAUUUGUACAAGACAUUGGAUCAGAUUGAUAGAGAGAGGAGAACAAUGAAUAGUAUUGAACUAUUAAUUACUACAUUGGGAAAUCAGAGGAUCACACGAGUGGCCAAUAAUAUAUCACGAAUGAAUCUUUCACAAUUGAAAAAGUAUAAGGAAUAUUUGGAAAAUGAAUUGGCAAAAGUUGUAAAUCUAUUACCCUCAUUAACGAAUCAAGGAAAUAAUUCACAAGUUGAAAAUGAUAGCAGUACUAGAGCAGUGACCAUUUUAGAGGAUGAUUUCAAUCUUGCUAGUGAAAAUUGUGUCAUUUGUAGAGAUAAUCCAUGUGAAUACAGAUGUAUUCCUUGUCAUCACGUCUGCUUUUGUUCUGGUUGUGUUUCAGAAUUUGCAGAGAAGAUGGAAGACGAAGAGAUGAUUGGAGAUGAGGAUGACUCUGGAUUUUUCACUCAAAAACCUGAAAUUUUCUCAUUUGAUAAGAUUCUUGUAAAUAAUUCUUGUCCAAUUUGUAGACUCCAAGUACACAAGCUCGAAUAUUACAAGCCAAUGAAGAAUUAUGUAAUGGAACGAAAUACUUUAACUAGAGAUCAAUUUCACUCAGAUGGUUUAUUAAGAGCCUCUAAUGAAAUUUUCAAGUUAGGACUCUACUGUAGAGAAAGACCCGAUGCUGUGGAAAAGUUGGUACACUGUGAUAGAAAAAACUUUGAAUAG